ACGUUCCCUGCCCGCCGCAUUCUCUGUCCGCCGCAUUCUCUGCCCGCCACGCCCGUGCUGAACAAAACUUCACACGCGGAAGAAAAAAAAACAACUCACGCACACCGACACAAUGGCCGACGACGAGCUCCGCGGCACGACCGCGAUUGAACCUAUGGAGUCAUCGGACUCCAUUCCCGCCUCGGACAAACCCGCGGCAGAGCCCGAGACCAGCGCCAGCAGCAAGCGGAAACGAAAGCGCGAGAGGGAAAAGGUCAACAAGCUGGCGACGAAGCUGGACACUGUGGCGCUGGCCCCAGUGGGCGGCGACUCCUCCUCCAAGGCCUCGGAACCUUCGACGCAAAAGCCACGGCCGAGCAACGGCAGUACCGCCGACGCCCGCCCUCCCAAGAAGAAGUCCCGCCCAUCUACCGCGGCGCCCAAGCCGCUCAAACCGCUCAAGGCUCCCGCAAAACCUGAGAAGUUCAGCGAGGCGGUGGCGCAGAUGGAUCCGCUGCUUGCGGCGGACUACGUCGGGGUGAAGCUGCGGAAGUUUCAGAAAGAACUCAGCGCGGUCGAACUCGACGACAGGUUUAUUCCCAGCGCCGCCUUCCUGGAUACUACGUCGUACACCGGCGAGCGGGUUCUGGCGAAUCUGGGGGAUUACCUCGAGAAGAGCGUCGGUCCGCUGCUAGGGAAGGGACUGGAAGAGGCCUCGGAAACUCGUGGCGCCCCCCACACCCUCAUCGUCACGGCUGCGGCGCUGCGUGCCGCAGAUCUCUCGCGCGCGGUGAAACGAUUCCAGACAAAAGAGUCCAUGGUUGCCAAAUUUUUCGCAAAACACAUCAAGAUGAAGGAGUCCAUCGAACUGUGCAACGGCUCGAGGAUCGGAAUAGGCGUCGGCACGCCCGGCCGAGUCCUGGCGCUCAUCCGCGAAGGAGCGCUGAAGCUGGACGAUCUUCAAGCCGUGGUGCUGGACAUGAGCGCGAUCAACGAGAAGCAGCAGGGCAUCUUCGAUAUCCGCGAGACGUGCGCGAGCGUGCUGGAUCUGCUGAAUGAACCCAAGGUGAAGGAGAGACUGGGGGAGGAGACGAAGCUGCUGGUUUACUAGGCGAAAUAUUGUUUGGUUCUGGCCCGAACAGUGGGCGGGAAUAGAUUUGAAGAGUCGAUGCUCGCGGGUUAUAGAUUUUUCUUGUUAAUAAACGGUGGAGAAAGACGUGUUGCUUGAUUGUAGCCUCGUCAGGGCAGCCAGUCCCUUCUGUAUACAAAGUUUCAUACUAGAUCCCGUGAAGAACCC